AUGAUAGCGCCACCAGAGUUACCGUCAGAGUUCCACUAUCCUCAGUAAGUGGCUACUUCCAUGAUGUGUGUGUGUCAACAGGCAUGCAGCAGACUGUUUCUAAUUUGUGUGUGUUUUUGCCAAAAAGGGAUUCGGACACCCGUUUCUCCUCAGACACAGACUUCUCGGAGGCUCCUGAUGUCAGUAUCAACCCAACCAAAGGAAAGGUACGACCAGGCCUCUUCCCUAAGUUAUACACACCCCAACAUCAUAUGAUAACCUCUUCCCCAAGUUAUACACACCCCAACAUCAUAUUAUAACCUCUUCCCUAAGUUAUACACACCCCAACAUCAUAUGAUAACCUCUUCCCCAAGUUAUACACACCCCAACAUCAUAUGAUAACCUCUUCCCCAAGUUAUACACACCCCAACAUCAUAUGAUAACCUCUUCCCCAAGUUAUACACACCCCAACAUCAUAUGAUAACCUCUUCCCCAAGUUAUACACACCCCAACAUCAUAUGAUAACCUCUUCCCCAAGUUAUACACACCCCAACAUCAUAUGAUAACCUCUUCCCCAAGUUAUACAACACAAAAUACAAUUAUAAACUCUUCCUCAAGCUAUACAACAUCAGAUUAUAACCUCUUCCCCACGCUAUACACAACAACAACAUAUUCGCCUCAUCCUCAAGCUACUCUCUCCGCACCAAGCCAUAUAAACAGUCUCUAGCCAUAUUAGUAAGCAUUAUGCUGUUUAACCCUUUAUUGAUUUCUCUCUCCAUCCCUCCCUCCAUCCCAGGGGGGGAAGAAGGGGAAGAAGGCGGCAGGGGAGAAGGGGAAGGGAGCGGGGGGAGCAGGGAGGAUGAACGGCCACUAUCAGGAGAAUGGCAUGGAGAACCUGAUGCUGUUUGAGGUCGUCAAGAUGGGAAAGAGCGCCAUGCAGGUCAGUGUGUGUGUGUAACAUUUACUGUGUGUGAAACACUUAGUGUGUAUGUGAGUCUACACACAAGUGGCUUGGGCCUUAACAGGCCAAUAGUUUAUUUGAUUAUCAACAGUUCUUGAUUAUCUAAUGACCAGAACAUCUUUAUUGGAGUUGAACCACAGUGACUGUAUUUUAGUUCUAUUUAUUGUCUAUCUCUGCUGUUGUUUGUCCUGGCUCCAGUCUGUGGUGGAUGACUGGAUUGAGGCGUAUAAAAACGACAGGGACAUGGCUCUGCUAGACCUGAUCAACUUCUUCAUCCAGUGUUCUGGCUGUAAAGGAGUGGUCAGUGGAGAGAUGUUCCGGAACAUGCAGAACUCUGAGAUCAUCAGGAGGAUGACAGAGGAGUUUGACGAGGUAGGUUUUGUUUGUGUGAGACUUGGUAAGUGCAUUACUCUGGGUUAAAGUUUAGUCGGUGACCUGAAAUGUCCCAGUUGAUUGAUUCAGUUUUAGAUGUCAUUACCCUCUCUUUGAGUUGCAUGCAAUAGAGAACCCAUAACUCCCAUAAACAUUCUCUCUCUCUCCACCCUCCUCCUUCCCCUCUAUAGGACAGCGGAGACUAUCCUCUGACCAUGGCAGGUCCACUGUGGAAGAAGUUUAAGGGUAGUUUCUGUGAGUUCAUUGCUGUGUUGGUGAGACAGUGUCAGUACAGCAUAAUCUAUGAUGAGUACCUGAUGGACACGGUCAUAUCCCUCCUCACCGGACUGUCCGACUCACAGGUCCGAGCCUUCCGGCACACAAGCACACUGGCAGGUAAUAGAGAGUGGGUGAGGUGAGGGGAUAUGUCUGUCUGUAUUUGUCGGUUAUUUCCCUCUCCCCUGGGCACACAGGUACACUGAUUAACUGUGUGUGUGUGUGUGUGUAGCCAUGAAACUGAUGACAGCCCUGGUGAAUGUAGCUCUGAACCUGAGCAUCAACAUGGACAACACCCAGCGGCAGUACGAGACAGAGAGAAACAAGAUGGUCGCUAAGAGAGCCAACGACCGGCUGGAGCUACUGCUGCAGAAACGCAAAGAGGUGAGAGGGAUGAGGUCAGGGUUAGGCUCCUCCUGGGUUAGGGGGUCAGUGUUUGGGAACUGGGUUAGGCUUCUUGGGCCCUUGGUUUAAGGUUUGUUUGGCUCACAUUUUCCUUAGGGUUGACUGCUCAUUGCUUCUGAGAACCUGCUUAAUAAAACACUCUCUCUGCACUCACACGUUACCCAAGGUGCAGCAGCCUAACGAGUUGUGUUCCAAUUUAAAAUAUGUAUUACAUUUAGAGUUGAGGAUGCUUGAAGACAUGCCUGAGGAGCAUAACUAGUCAGUUAGCCUACAGUCAGAGAGAGAGAGUAAAGGGUUGUUCUACCACUAGCUGCUAGGCCCUGUGGUUGAGCUGGCAUCUGGCUGUGUCCUGGCUUACAUAACACUAUGUCCCACUGGGCUUCCAUCUGCCGGCUCCUUCUAAUACAACCACACCAGAACAACAUGGAACACUUCUGGCUCCUCCUACUAAUACAACCACACCAGAACAACAUGAAACACUGCUGGCUCCUCCUACUAAUACAACCACACCAGAACAACAUGGAACACUUCUGGCUCCUCCUACUAAUACAACCACACCAGAACAACAUGGAACACUUCUGGCUCCUCCUACUAAUACAACCACACCAGAACAACAUGGAACACUGCUGGCUCCUCCUACUAAUACAACCACACCAGAACAACAUGAAACACUUCUGGCUCCUCCUACUAAUACAACCACACCAGAACAACAUGAAACACUUUUGGCUCCUCCUACUAAUACAACCACACCAGAACAACAUGGAACACUUCUGGCUCCUCCUACUAAUACAAACACACCAGAACAACAUGGAACACUUCUGGCUCCUCCUACUAAUACAACCACACCAGAACAACAUGGAACACUUCUGGCUCCUCCUACUAAUACAACCACACCAGAACAACAUGAAACACUUUUGGCUCCUCCUACUAAUACAACCACACCAGAACAACAUGGAACACUUCUGGCUCCUCCUACUAAUACAACCACACCAGAACAACAUGAAACACUGCUGGCUCCUCCUACUAAUACAACCACACCAGAACAACAUGGAACACUUCUGGCUCCUCCUACUAAUACAACCACACCAGAACAACAUGGAACACUGCUGGCUCCUCCUACUAAUACAACCACACCAGAACAACAUGGAAUACUGCUGGCUCCUCCUACUACUACAACCACACCAGAACAACAUGAAACACUGCUGGCUCCUCCUACUAAUACAACCACACCAGAACAACAUGGAACACUUCUGGCUCCUCCUACUAAUACAACCACACCAGAACAACAUGGAACACUGCUGGCUCCUCCUACUAAUACAACCACACCAGAACAACAUGGAACACUUCUGGCUCCUCCUACUAAUACAACCACACCAGAACAACAUGGAACACUUUUGGCUCCUCCUACUAAUACAACCACACCAGAACAACAUGGAACACUUCUGGCUCCUCCUACUAAUACAACCACACCAGAACAACAUGAAACACUGCUGGCUCCUCCUACUAAUACAACCACACCAGAACAACAUGGAACACUUCUGGCUCCUCCUACUAAUACAACCACACCAGAACAACAUGGAACACUGCUGGCUCCUCCUACUAAUACAACCACACCAGAACAACAUGGAAUACUGCUGGCUCCUCCUACUACUACAACCACACCAGAACAACAUGAAACACUGCUGGCUCCUCCUACUAAUACAACCACACCAGAACAACAUGGAACACUUCUGGCUCCUCCUACUAAUACAACCACACCAGAACAACAUGGAACACUGCUGGCUCCUCCUACUAAUACAACCACACCAGAACAACAUGGAACACUUCUGGCUCCUCCUACUAAUACAACCACACCAGAACAACAUGGAACACUGCUGGCUCCUCCUUCUAAUACAACCACACCAGAACAACAUGGAACACUUCUGGCUCCUCCUACUAAUACAACCACACCAGAACAACAUGGAACACUGCUGGCUCCUCCUACUAAUACAACCACACCAGAACAACAUGGAACACUGCUGGCUCCUCCUACUAAUACAACCACACCAGAACAACAUGAAACACUUUUGGCUCCUCCUACUAAUACAAACACACCAGAACAACAUGGAACACUUCUGGCUCCUCCUACUAAUACAACCACACCAGAACAACAUGGAACACUUCUGGCUCCUCCUACUAAUACAACCACACCAGAACAACAUGAAACACUGCUGGCUCCUCCUACUAAUACAACCACACCAGAACAACAUUACACUGUAAUUAUACACCUCAAUGCUUUCAUAACUAUACUAGCUGUCUCUUCUGUAAUGUUUGGUUGUCUUGAUAACUAUACUAGCUGUCUCUUCUCUAAUGUUUGGUUGUCUUGAUAACUAUACUAGCUGUCUCUUCUCUAAUGUUUGGUUGUCUUGAUUUUCUUGGUAAAUAAUGUCCAACCUGAUGAACCCUGAUCAAAAUGUUUUCUUACUGAUAUCUCUUCUAAUUUCAGCUUCAAGAAAAUCAGGAUGAAAUUGAAAACAUGAUGAAUGCGAUAUUCAAGGGUGUGUUUGUACACCGAUAUCGGUACGUGGCCUGUACAUUGUUUCCAUCAUAGCGAUGAUCAUAGAUUGGAUGUAUUUCAUUUGAGAUACUUUAUCCCUCUGUAUAGAAGAUAUGAUGAUGAUGAUGAUUACGGUUGUGUGUUGUAUUGCAGUGAUGCCAUAGCAGAGAUCAGAGCUAUCACUAUAGAGGAGAUUGGAAUGUGGAUGAAGCUCUACAGUGACGCCUUCCUCAACGACAGCUACCUGAAAUAUGUAGGCUGGACCAUGCACGACAAGGUGAGGAAGAGAGAGGGAGCGAGAGGGUGUGCGUGCGUUGCGUGAGUUAGGAGUGUGUGCAAUUCUAACAACUUUGUAUGUGCGUGUUAAAGUGUGUGUAAUUCAAACUUGUGUGUUUUUUUAGCAAGGCGAGGUGCGUCUGAAGUGUCUGACAGCGCUGCAGGGUCUCUACUACAACAGAGAACUGAACACCAGACUGGAACUGUUCACCAGCCGCUUCAAGGUGAGAGCGCCACCUGGUGGACACAUCAACACACUACAACUAAUUACCUCAAGGCUCAACUUUCAUAACUUUCAAUGCCAUUUAGCAAGACUCUUUAUCCAAAGCGACUUAAAGCAGUGCGUUCAUGCAUUUUCAUAUGGGUGGCCCCAGCGGGAAUUAAACGUUUCAAGCACCGUGCUCCACCAACUGAGCCACACAAGACCAUGUUCUACAACCACUCAACCAUACUGGAUGCACUAUAGCUAAACCACUACUAUGCCCUGUUGAUUUUGAGUAGGUACACUAUAUAUACAAAAGUAUGUGGACACCCCUCCAAAUUAGUGGAUUCGGCUAUUUCAGCCACGUUGCUGGCAGGUGUAUAAAAUCGAUUACACCGCCAUGCAAUCCCCAUAGACAAACAUUGUCUGUAGAAUGGCCUUACUGAAGAGCUCAGUGACUUUCAACGUGGCACCGUUGGUGUUGUGGCUGAAUGGUGUUGUGGCUGAAUGGAAGCAAGUCCCCGCAGCAAUGUUCCAACAUCUAGUGGAAAGCCUUCCCAGAAGAGUGGAGGCUGUUAUAGCAGCAAAUGGGGGACCAACUCUCCAUAUUAAUGCCCAUGAUUUUGGAAAGAGAUGUUCGACGAGGAGUUGUCCACAUAUUUUUGGCCAUGUAGUGUAUUUCCUGCCUAAACCACUACUAUGCCCUGUUGAAUUUGAGUAGAGGUAUUUCAGCUAAAUCUUUAUCAUUCAUUUCCUCUCUUCACAGGACCGCAUUGUCUCCAUGACUUUGGACAAGGAGUAUGAUGUCGCAGUACAAGCAAUAAAACUGCUCACUCUUGUACUACAGUAAGUUGUUACAGUUCAGAUAUCACAGUGGAUACGGAGGUGUAUUCAAUGUGUGUGUGUGUUUAAUCCGUACUGUUUGUGUAUUACAGUAGUACAGAUGAGGUACUGAGCCCAGAGGACUGUGAGAACGUCUAUCACCUGGUCUACUCCGCCCACCGACCGGUCGCUAUAGCUGCCGGGGAGUUCCUCUUCAAGAAGUAGGAUUUGUUUAUUUUAUAUAAUUGUUUUUAUUUAAUCCAUUGUCACACAUUCUUCAUGUCUUUUCUCUUAAGUCAAAUCAAUCAAUCAAAACUCUCUUGAAAACAAUAUGGUGCAUCUCAAGAGGUUGUCCUGCAAAAUGUCAAAUGUGAUGCUAAAGAAGCCCAUGUCUGGUUCUUUCCCUGGAACAGUGCGAGAUAGAGGCAGCAGUGCUGAAGACAGGAAGGUAGAGAGGUUAGAAAAGGAGAGGGGCAGGCAGGAGGAGAAUGGGAGUGGGAGGAGGAGGAGGAGGAGGAGAGAGUACAGGCAUGAGAACUUGAGAAAAGCAGAAGGAAGGAGAGAGAGGUUGGUAGAUCUGGGAUAUGUUUUUUCUGGCAUAGACAUAUUCCUAGUCUGUUCUAUGUAGUCUGGGCUAGUGUCUAGAAGACAGGUUUAUAUAGUUUGUUUCCUAUUUCUAAAUCUAAUACUAGUGACUCUUCUUCUCUCCUCUUCAGACUGUUCAGUACGCGGGAGCCGGAAGAGGAGGGCGCCCCCAAGAGGAGAGGAAGACAAAGCCCCAACGCCAACCUCAUCAAAACUACUGUUUUCUUCUUCCUGGAGAGCGAGGUACACACACAAACACACACACACACACACACACUCUGUCUCUACCUCCAUGAACAUGCUGCAUACUUACUGGGGAAAAAAUACACCCACCCACACCUGCCUGUCUGUCUGUGUAUCUCAGCUCCAUGAGCAUGCAGCAUACCUGGUGGACUCUCUGUGGGAGAGUGGGGCAGACCUGCUCAAGGACUGGGAGUGUAUGACCAGCCUGCUACUGGAUGAUCCCGUACCAGGGGAGGAAGGUAUGAUCUCUAACCCCUGACCUCUGACCCAUAACCCCUAUACCUGGCCUCUAAUGUAUCUCGUGUGUGUGUAGCCCUGACAGACAGACAGGAGACAGCUCUCAUAGAGAUAAUGCUGUGUACGGUGCGCCAGGCUGCAGAGUGCCACCCGCCCAUAGGCCGCGGCACCGGGAAGAGGGUGAGACACUUUUUAGACUGGGCAUCAAGAUUCACAGCUUCUUUUUCUUGCCUUCCACUUAGCAAAACAGUAACGGCAACUAUUUCUCUGUCUGUCUCUCUCUUGUUCCCCCCCUCCCCCAGGUAAUGACAGCGAAGGAGAAGAAGACCCAGCUAGAUGACAGGACCAGGAUGACGGAACUGUUUGCUGUGGCAUUGCCCCCUCUGCUGGCCAAGGUAGGACACUACACCUUCACCCCCACCACCCUCUCUAGUAAACCUGUGUUGUAGUCUGUUUCCCCUGCCUGCAGUACUGUGUGUGAGUGUGCGCUCUCUCUCUUUGUUCCAGUACUCCAUAGAUUCAGAGAAGGUGACCAACCUGCUGCAGCUUCCUCAGUUCUUUGACCUGGAUAUCUACACCACAGGACGACUGGAGAAGGUCUAACCCCAACCCUACACUAAAGUCUAAUUCAAACUCUAACCCCCAACCCUACACUAAAGUCUAAUUCAAAGUCUAACCCCCAACCCUACACUAAAGUCUAAUUCAAACUCUAACCCCCAACCCUACACUAUACAGGCUUCGUAUGGUCAUGAAAAAUCAUGGAAUUUUAAAAAGGUGUUUUCCAGGCAUCAACAUAUCAGCCAGGAACAAAAGGAACCUGUAGCGCAUUCAGACAGGAUCUAAAUUACACCGUAGAACAUUCAGACAGGAUCAAAAUGACACUGUAGCGCAUUACCUGCAUGUGUGUGAGACCAGUGGGCCGGUGCUCAAGGAGAGAGAGACCGGACAUUGCAGCAGGUAGACGGCCUAUAAAAUAUGAUGGAGAACAGACUGACUAGGUAGCCAAUUCAAAACACGUCUUGUACCCUCUAGUUAACUGUUUAGCUAUUAUUAGCAUGUAGGCUGUUAAUUUGUCAUUUCCCCGACAGUCGCGAAUAAGGCCAUACAAAGUUGAUUUACUUUAAAAAAUAUAUUAUUUUGAUUCAAUUAAACAAUCAUUUUAAACUAACUAUUAACUUCAUUGUAUUAGUUGGUAUUUGGUUCAAUCAAGUUGAAUUGAAUCAUGUGAAUCAAAAUAAUUACAGAAUCGUGAACAUAUAUUUUGGAUUAUGUGGCUUCAAAACUUGUUUUGUAGAUACUUCCAGUUGAUUUGGGCGUCCAAUGUAUGGGACAUUGCAACUCAGUAGAUGCUAGUCAACCUGCAGUAAUUGAGACUCCUGAGUGGCGCAGUGGUCUAAGGCACUGCAUCGCAGUGCUAACUGUGCCACUAGAGAUCCUGGUUCGAAUCCAGGCUCUGUCGCAGCCUGCUGCGACCGGGAGACUCAUGGGCGGCGCACAAUUGGCCCAGCGUCGUCCAGGGUAGGGGAGGGAAUGGCCGGCAGGGAUGUAGCUCAGUUGAUAGAGCAUGGCGUUUGCAACGCCAGGGUUGUGGGUUCGAUUCCCACGGGGGGCCAGUAUUAAAAAAAAAUAUAUGUAAUCACUAACUGUAAGUCGCUCUGGAUAAGAGCGUCUGCUAAAUGACUAAAAUGUAAAUGUAAAUGUAGCUAAGAUUUUAAUUUUAAAAAAAUGUGUAGCCUACCAUAGCCAUUUGAUCUUUGAGUUAUUGAAUGAGCGAAUUAUUCAAAAGGCAUAAGUAUUUCAUUGUAAUGUUGCAGUGUUUUUACAUCAUGGGUGGUCAACCAUCCUCCAGGAGAGCUAAUGGGUGUGCAGGCAUUUAGUCCAGUCCCUCUCUAACAAACCACAUUUUUUAAAAUGAGCGGCUCUGAUGUGUUUGAGCAGGGCUGGAUCAAAAGCCUGCACACCCAAUAUCUCUCCAGACUGAGGGUUGACCACAUGGGUUUUAUACAGUUGCUUAACAGGUAUUGUACUUUGUGGGGGUGAAGUGCCUUGCUCAACAACAGUAGAUGGUUCAUGGGAUCAGAGCGCAGCCUCCCACUGUCAAUACCACAUUAUGCUUAAAUUAAUAGCCAAUUGUUGGUAAUGGAAAAGUCAUAAAAUUCCAUCUGGCAAAAUGUGUAUGAACCCUGACUAUAACUCUUACUCAAACUCUAACCCCCAACCCCUAUACUAUAGUCUAAUUCAAACUCUAACCCCCAACCCUAUACUAUAGUCUAAUUCAAACUCUAACCCCCAACCCCUAUACUAUAGUCUAAUUCAAACUCUAACCCCCAACCCUACACUAUAGUCUAAUUCAAACUCUAACCCCCAACCCUAUACUAUAGUCUAAUUCAAACUCUAACCCCCAACCCUAUACUAUAGUCUAAUUCAAACUCUAACCCCCAACCCUAUACUAUAGUCUAAUUCAAAGCACUGUUCAGCUUGACAAAAUGACAGCACAAAAGUUGCAAAAUAUCAAAUGCAAGACAUCUCUGAAACAUAUUUCCACUACCUUCCUACUCCCUCGCUUUCUUCUUCUAGCACUUGGAGGCGUUGCUGCGUCAGAUCAGGGAGAUGGUGGAGAAGCACACCGACACCGAGGUGUUGGAGAUGUGCUCCAAGACCUACCACGCUCUCAGCAACGAGGAGUUCACCAUCUUUAACAGGGUGGACAUCGCCAGGUCACAGCUGCUCGAUGAAAUGGUGGACAAAUUCAACAGACUCCUGGAAGACUUCUUACAAGAGGUGAGAGGGAGAAGAGGGGAGGGGUGAGGGGAGGGGAGGGGGGAGGGGAGGGAAAGGAAAAUGAACUGGUGGACAAAUUCAACAGACUGUUAAUGGACUUCAUACAAGGGAGGAGAGAGCUCACAGAGGGAGGAAAGCUGUUUAGGCCAGAGAGGGAGUUUCUACCUCCAGUCUAUUCCUUUUACAAUUAGGGGGAUGUGUGUAGUUGAUACUGACACUGAUCUAUCUCUGUGUUCAGGGUGAAGAGCCUGAUGAAGAUGAUGCCUACCAGGUCCUGUCAACUCUCAAGAGAAUCACAGCCUUCCACAAGUAAUGCCUCCUCUCUCCUCCCUUUCUCUAACCCCCUCCUCUUCUCUCUCCUCCCUUUCUCAAACCCCUCCUACCUCUCCUCUUCUCUCUCCUUCCCUCCUCUCUAACUCCUCUCCUUCUCUCUCCUCCCUUUCUCAAACCCCCUCCAACCGCUCCUCUCUAACUCCCCUCCUCCUCUCUAACUCCCCCCUCCUCUCUAACUCCCUCAUCCUCUAACUCCCCCCUCAACUCCCUCAUCCUCUAACUCCCCUCAUCCUCUCUAACUCCCCUCAUCCUCUCUAACUCCCCUCAUCCUCUCUAACUCCCCUCAUCCUCUCUAACUCCCCUCAUCCUCUCUAACUCCCCUCAUCCUCUCUAACUCCCCUCCUCCUCUCUAACUCCCCUCCUCCUCUCUAACUCCCCUCAUCCUCUCUAACUCCCCUCAUCCUCUCUAACUCCUCUCCUCUCUCCUUCCCUCCUCUCUAACCCCCCUCUACCUUUAUCCUCUCCUGUUCCUCCUCCCCCUCCUUUCUCUCUCCUCCACCAUCUCUUUCCCCCUUUGCUCUCUUGGACUGGCUCCUGAGGAUCUUAACUCUCUCCCCCAGUGCCCAUGACCUGUCCCAGUGGGAUCUAUUCAGCAGUAACUUCAAGCUGCUCAACACAGGCAUUGAGAACGGAGACAUGCCAGAGCAGAUAGUGGUCCAUGCUCUACAGUGUACCCACUAUGUCAUCCUGUGGCAUCUGGCCAAGGUCUCAGAGGGCAGCCACAGAAAGGUAUGUAACACUCCCCUCUCAGCUGGCUGGCAGCUCAGAGCCUUUUCAUUCAGUUGGGUAUUAUUUGGUAGCUAGGAAAAUGACAUUGGGGAGGCAGUUGGAGAGUUAGUCAAGGUUUAUACAGCAAGUCUUUUGAUGGUUCACUCAUGUGUAUGUAAUCUAGGAGGAUGUGUUUUGAUCAUGUAAUAAUGGUGCUGUAGGAGGACAUGGUGAGCCUGAGGAAACAGAUGAGGAUGUUCUGUCUGAUGUGUCAACGUUACCUCACCAACGUCAACACAACCGUCAAGGAACAGGUACUGUCCUGUAGCAGCUAUUCACAGCCUAGUUAUUUAAAUCAGGUUCUUUUCAAACAUGAAAUUCUCAGAAUCCCCAUGCAACCCCAUUUGAGAUGAGGAAGACGUGGCCAAGGAGGCAGAAUACUGAUAACCAACUGUCCGUCUCUCCCCCCCUCCCCCCAGGCGUUCACCAUCCUGUGUGAUGUGUUGCUAGUCUUCAGUCAUCAGAUGGUAUCAGGAGGCAGAGAGCAGCUGGAACCUCUGGUCUACAGUCCUGACGACUCUCUACAGACAGAACUACUGUCCUUCAUACUGCACCAUGUCUUCAUAGACCAGGACGAUGACAGCGGCAGCACUGGUACACACACACACACACACCGCUACACACACUUUUCCAGUAGGAUUGCUUAUUUGCACUUGAAAAUAGCUCUUGUUUGGCCAUAGCUAACCAACAAGACCCUGCUAAAGGAAUGACAUUACCGUCUGGCCCUGUGACAGUCUGUGAUGUUAUGGGUUAUGUGUUCCUGGUUCUACCUUUUUAAAUGGUCAGCAAGAUAGAAGCUCCCCAUAAGAGCUCUGUGGCUGUCUGUGUGACUAUCUGUUGUAUCUCUCUACAGAUGGCCAGCAGGAUGACGAGGCAGCGAAGAUAGAGGCUCUUCAUAAGAGACGUAACCUCCUGGCGGGCUACUGUAAACUCAUCAUCUAUAACGUAGUAGAGAUGAACACUGGAGCUGACAUCUUUAAACAGUACAUGAGGGUAAGAAUGGCCUCCUACCUUUAAAUACCUGUCUGUUACUGACAUCUUUAAACAGUACAUGAGGGUAAGAAUGGCCUCCUACCUUUAAAUACCUGUCUGUUACUGACAUCUUUAAACAGUACAUGAGGGUAAGAAUGGCAUCCUACCUUUAAAUACCUGUCUGUUACUGACAUCUUUAAACAGUACAUGAGGGUAAGAAUGGCAUCCUACCUUUAAAUACCUGUCUGUUACUGACAUCUUUAAACAGUACAUGAGGGUAAGAAUGGCAUCCUACCUUUAAAUACCUGUCUGUUACUGACAUCUUUAAACAGUACAUGAGGGUAAGAAUGGCAUCCUACCUUUAAAUACCUGUCUGUUACUGACAUCUUUAAACAGUACAUGAGGGUAAGAAUGGCAUCCUACCUUUAAAUACCUGUCUGUUACUGACAUCUUUAAACAGUACAUGAGGGUAAGAAUGGAGAAACACUCACCUGUCUGUCUUUACCCAGUUAUGACCAUAGAAAUAUAAUCUAUACAAAAGACUUGGAACCUCGAACCCUGGGAAUUUGACUGUUAAACUCAUGGGUACACUCGCAAUGGUUAUCAGUCCACACAUUAUCCCAUCGUUGAUGUGAAUGUGGAGGCCCGUUCUAUAGAUUCUAUUUCUAUGGCGAUUACCUCUUCUUGCCUAUGACACUCAUUUAACCUCCACACCAGAUCAUUACCAGAGUCAUUCCCAUGUACUGCUUGGUUGCAAUGUAUCAGAAGUCCUGUUUUUCCUGUAAGAGACUUUGACUUGUGGCUGAACUGUCUUCCACUCUCUCUCUAGUAUUAUAAUGACUAUGGUGACAUCAUCAAGGAGACCAUGUCUAAGACCAGACAGAUAGACAAGAUCCAAUGUGCCAAGACACUCAUCCUCAGUCUACAACAGGUGGGUUACACACGCUGUUGUUUUUAUCAAGCUAGAUCUUGGUUUGAAUUUUAUUUCAUCUCUCCAGACUUUUUGGAACAAAUCAGAUUGGAAGAGCAAUGUCUUCAUUCCACACAUUUAUUCACCCAUCUCUCUUCUCUCUCUUCCCUCUCUCCUCUCUCUCUUCCCUCUCUCCUCUCUCUUCCCUCUCUCCUCUCUCUCUUCCCUCUCUCCUCUCUUCCCUCUCUUCCCUCUCUCCUCCCUCUCUUCCCUCUCUCCUGCAGUUGUUCAAUGAGAUGUUGUCAGAGUUGGGGACAGGGUUUGACCGCUCGUCCUCAGCGUUCUGUGGGAUCAAGGAGUUGGCCAGACGUUUCUCUCUCACCUUUGGUCUGGACCAGGUGAAAACACGAGAUGCUAUCGCCAUGCUGCACAAGUCAGUGUCCUCUUCUGAUCUCUCUUUCUCUUGAUAGCUUUAUUGUACACGACUUAAAAUAACCAGCUGAUAAAUACUCCAGCUUUUUAACACGAUUUAAAACUAUUGAACAUGAUUAGCAUAUGAUGGGUGUGAGCUGUACAUAGGACUAGUUAAUGUAUGUAUCUACUUGUGCUGCUAGAUAGCUCAUUUUUCUGAACGCAAACUUUACCUCUCUACCUCGCUCCCCUCUCUCCCUCCCCCUCUCUCCCUCCCCCUCUACCCCUCUCUCCCUCCCUCUCUACCUCGCCCCCCUCUCUCCCUCCCCUCUCUACCUCUCUCUCCCUCGUCUCACUCCAGGGAUGGUAUAGAGUUUGCGUUUAAGGAGCCCAGUCCCCAGGGAGAGGGCAACCCUCCUCUUCACCUGGCCUUCCUAGACAUCCUCUCUGAGUUUUCCUCCAAACUAAUGAGGCAGGACAAGAGGACUGUGUGAGUACACACACACACCUCUGCCUCUCCUAAUCAGACACGUGUGUGUGUGUGUGUGAGAUAAGUGAUGACUAUUUUUAUUUUAUUUUUUUAUUUAACCUUUAUUUAACCAGGUAAACCAGUUGAGAACAAGUUCUCAUUUACAACUGCGACCUGGCCAAGAUAAAGCAAAGCAGUGCGAUAAAAACAACAACACAGAGUUACAUAUGGGGUAAAACAAAACAAAGUCAAAAAUACAACAGAAAUACAUAUAUAUAUAUACAGUGUGUGCAAAUGUAGCAAGUUAUGGAGGUAAGGCAAUAAAUAGGCUAUAGUGCAAAAUAAUUACAAUUAGUAUUAACACUGGAAUGAUAGAUGUGCAAGAGAUGAUGUGCAAAUAGAGAUACUGGGGUACAAAUGAGCAAAAUAAAUAACAAUAUAGGGAUGAGGUAGUUGGGCGGGCUAAUUUCAGAUGGGCUGUGUACAGGUGCAGUGAUCGGUAAGGUGCUCUGACAACUGAUGCUUAAAGUUAGUGAGGGAGAUAAGUGUCUCCAGCUUCAGAGAUUUUUGCAAUUUGUUCCAGUCAUUGGCAGCAGAGAACUGGAAGGAAUUGCAGCCAAAGGAGGUGUUGGCUUUGGGGAUGACCAGUGAGAUAUACCUGCUGGAGCGCAUACUACGGGUGGGUGUUGCUAUGGUGACCAAUGAGCUAAGAUAAGGCGGGGAUUUGCCUAGCAGUGAUUUAUAGAUGGCCUGGAGCCAGUGGGUUUGGCGACGAAUAUGUAGUGAGGACCAGCCAACAAGAGCGUACAGGUCACAGUGGUGGGUAUUAUAUGGGGCUUUGGAGACAAAACGGAUGGCACUGUGAUAGACUACAUCCAAUUUGCUGAGUAGAGUGUUGGAGGCUAUUUUGUAAAUGACAUCGCCGAAGUCAAGGAUCGGUAGGAUAGUCAGUUUUACGAGGGCAUGUUUGGCAGCAUGAGUGAAGGAGGCUUUGUUGCGAAAUAGGAAACCGAUUCUAGAUUUAACUUUGGAUUGGAGAUUCUUAAUGUGAGUCUGGAAGGAGAGUUUACAGUCUAACCAGACACCUAGGUAUUUGUAGUUGUCCACAUACUCUAGGUCAGACCCGUCGAGAGUAGUGAUUCUAGUCGGGUGGGCGGGUGCAAGCAGCGUUCGGUUGAAGAGCAGUCAUUUGAGAAACCAAGGCUAUUUAGUCUGCCAAUAAGAAUGCGGUGGUUGACAGAGUCGAAAGCCUUGGCCAGGUCAAUGAAAACGGCUGCACAGUACUGUCUAUUAUCGAUCGCGGUUAUAAUAUCGUUUAGGACCUUGAGCGUGGCUGAAGUGCAUCCAUGACCAGCUCGCAAACCAGAUUGCAUAGCGGAGAAGGUAUGGUGGGAUUCGAAAUGGUCGGUGAUCUGUUUGUUAACUUGGCUUUCAAAAACUUUUGAAAGGCAGGGCAGGAUGGAUAUGGGUCUGUAACAGUUUGGAUCUAGAGUGUCACCCCCUUUGAAGAGGGGGAUGACCGCGGCAGCUUUCCAAUCUCUGGGGAUCUCAGACGUUACGAAAGAGAGGUUGAACAGGCUAGUAAUAGGGGUUGCGACAAUUUCGGCGGCUAGUUUUAGAAAGAAAGGGUCCAGAUUGUCUAGCCCAGAUGAUUUGUAGGGGUCCAGAUUUUGCAGCUCUUUCAGAACAUCAGCUGUCUGGAUUUGUGUGAAGGAGAAGGGGGGGGGGCAUGGGCAAGUUGCAGCGGAGGGUGCAGAGCUGGUGGCCAGGUGGAAAGCAUGGCCAGCCGUAGCAAAAUGCUUGUUGAAAUUCUCGAUUAUUGUAGAUUUAUCGGUGGUGAUAGUGUUUCCUUGCCUCAGUGCAGUGGGCAGCUGGGAGGGAGUGCUCUUAUUUUCCAUGGACUUUACAGUGUCCCAAAACUUUUUGGAGUUAGUGCUACAGGAUGCAAAUUUCUGUUUGAAAAAGUUAGCCUUUGCUUUCCUAACUGCUUGUGUAUAUUGGUUCCUAACUUCCCUGAAAAGUUGCAUAUCGCGGGGGCUAUUUGAUGCUAAUGCAGUACGCCACAGGAUGUUUUUGUGCUGGUCAAGGGCAGUCAAGUCUGAGGAGAACCAGGGGCUAUAUCUGUUCUUAGUUCUGUAUUUUUUGAAUGGGGCAUGUUUAUUUAAGAUUGAGAGGAAAUUACUUUUAAAGAACAACCAGGCAUCCUCUACUGACGGAAUGAGAUCUAUAUCCAUCCAGGAUACCCGGGCCAGGUCAAUUAGGAAGGCCUGCUCGCUGAAGUGUUUUUAGACUGACUAGACUGAUAUGUCAUUCGUAUGAUAUCAUUAAGCAGGACAAGAGGACUGUGUCCACUCCCAGACAUAUGACUUUAUGUUUAGUAGUGUGUGUGUGUGUGUGUGUGUGUGUGUGUGUGUGUAUGAACAUGUGUAAGGUGUGUGUAACAUCUCUCCUCUCUCCCCUGUAGCCACAUGUAUCUGGAGCGGUUCAUGACCUUCCAGAUGGCCCUUCAGAGAGAAGACUGCUGGCUGCCUCUCAUCUCCUACAGGAACUCCCUCCAGGCUGGCGGAGAUGAUGACAACAUGUCUGUGGUCUCUGGCUACUCCUCCAGAGGGUCGUCUGUCAGAUCCAAGAAGACCAAGGCUGCUACUCCCACCGCUACCGUCGCUGCAGCCAAGAGGAAACUGCCUGAAGGUAGCUACAGGACCAGGGAAGUCUGGAAGUCAGUCUGUGGUCACGUCAUGGCCAUGUUAGAGAGGACAAAAGUAUUGAUAUCUGUCCCAGUCUGAGGUCAUCUCCUACUGUAAACACUGUUACCCCUGGUAGGUAGAUGAUGUAGGCUCUAUGGCUGAAAUCACCUAGCCUGUUGGGAAGUGCUCACCGCAUCUCUUACAGUCAUCCAACCCUUUCAGAAUUGUCUUUAACGGUGUGUGUGUCUUUAACGGUGUGUGUGUCUUUAACGGUGUGUGUGUUCUCUAGCUGAGGAGAGCAGUAGCGGCAGUACAGAUGUGUGUGUGUGUGUGUCUUUAACGGUGUGUGUGUCUUUAACGGUGUGUGUGUUCUCUAGCUGAGGAGAGCAGUAGCGGCAGUACAGAUGUGUGUGUGUGUCUUUAACGGUGUGUGUCUUUAACGGUGUGUGUGUUCUCUAGCUGAGGAGAGCAGUAGCGGCAGUACAGAUGUGUGUGUGUGUGUCUUUAACGGUGUGUGUGUUUAACGGUGUGUGUGUUCUCUAGCUGAGGAGAGCAGUAGCGGCAGUACAGAUGUGUCGUGGCAACAACAGACCAUGCAGACUCCAGUGAUGAUGCCCUCCCCCCACCUCACCUCCACCAUGAUGAGAGGUCCGGGGGACAUGAGGGGGGAUGUCAAACGGGGGAGAGACGACAGCUACAUGGGAGUGUACGCCCUCCCCUCAGACUCCCAGCAGCAGCCUCACCCACACACACUCCCCCAGACCCCACAACUCCACCAGACACCCAUCGACUACAAGUAAGAUUCUCUCUCUCCUCCCGUCUCUCUCUCUCUCUCCUCCCGUCUCUCGCUCUCUCCUCCCGUCUCUCGCUCGCUCUCUCUCUCCUCCCGUCUCUCGCUCUCUCCUCCCGUCUCUCGCUCUCUCCUCCCGUCUCUCGCUCUUUCCUCCCGUCUCUCGCUCGCUCUCUCUCUCCUCCGUCUCGCUCUCUCUCCUCCCGUCUCGCUCUCUCUCCUCCCGUCUCGCUCUCUCUCCUCCCGUCUCGCUCUCUUCUCCUCCCGUCUCGCUCUCUCUCUCCUCCCGUCUCGCUCUCUCUCUCCUCCCGUCUCGCUCUCUCUCUCCUCCCGUCUCGCUCUCUCUCUCCUCCGUCUCGCUCUCUCUCUCCUCCCGUCUCGCUCUCUCUCUCCUCCCGUCUCGCUCUCUCUCUCCUCCCGUUCGCUCUCUCUCCUCCCGUCUCGCUCUCUCUCUCCUCCCGUCCGUCUCUCUCUCCUCCCGUCUCGCUCUCUCUCUCUCCCGUCUCGCUCUCUCUCCCUCCCGUCCGCUCUCGUCUCUCCUCCGUCUCGCUCUCUCUCCUCCCGUCUCGGCUCUCUCUCCUCCGUCUCGCUCUUCCUCCUCCCGUCUCGCUCUCGCCUCUCUCUCCCGUCCCCGUCUCGCUCUCCUCCCUCUCGCUCUCUCUCUCUCGUCUCCGCUCUCUCUCUCCUCCCGUCUCGCUCUCUCUCUCCUCCCGUCUCGCUCUCGCUCUCUCCCCGUCUCGCUCUCUUCUCUCUCCCGCUCUCUCUCCUCUCCUCCCGCUCUCGCUCUCUCUCUCCUCCCGUCUCGCUCUCCCUCUCUCCUCCCGUCUCGCUCUCUCUCUCCUCCCGUCUCGCUCUCUCUCUCCUCCCGUCUCGCUCUCUCUCUCCUCCCGUCUCGCUCUCGCUCUCUCUCUCCUCCCGUCUCGCUCUCGCUCUCUCUCUCCUCCCGUCUCGCUCUCGCUCUCUCUCUCCUCCCGUCUCGCUCUCGCUCUCUCUCUCCUCCCGUCUCGCUCUCGCUCUCUCUCCUCCCCGUCUCGCUCUCGCUCUCCUCCCGUCUCGCUCUCGCUCGCUCUCUCUCUCUCCUCCCGUCUCGCUCUGCUCUCUACUCUCGUUCUUUUCAGGUAUAUUUUGACAUAUACCUGAACCACCAGUGUGGUUGUCUAACCUAUUGUGGUGUGUGUGUAGUACCCAGGUGACGUGGAUGCUGGCUCAGAGGCAGCAGGAGGAGGUUCGUCAGCAGCAGGAGAGAGCCAUGAACUACGCCAAGCUCAGGACCAACCUGCAACAGGUCAUGUAAGAACACACACACACACACACACCCCAUCCCUCCCUAACCCCGAGCUCAGGACCAACCUGCAACAGGUCAUGUAAGAACACACACACACACACACACCCCAUCCCUCCCUAACCCCGAGCUCAGGACCAACCUGCAACAGGUCAUGUAAGAACACACACACACACACCCCAUCCCUCCCUAACCCCGAGCUCAGGACCAACCUGCAACAGGUCAUGUAAGAACACACACACACACACACCCCAUCCCUCCCUAACCCCGAGCUCAGGACCAACCUGCAACAGGUCAUGUAAGAACACACACACACACACCCCAUCCCUCCCUAACCCCGAGCUCAGGACCAACCUGCAACAGGUCAUGUAAGAACACACACACACACACACACACACACACACACACACACCCCAUCCCUCCCUAACCCCGAGCUCAGGACCAACCUGCAACAGGUCAUGUAAGAGCUACUUCCUUUUCAGAUCUUUGUGGACUAACCAGUUGAUGUACUGCUACUCUAUAUUGAUGGUCAUUUGAAUGUACUAAUUAUGGUGUGUGUGUAGUCGGCGUGGUACAGGGCUGAUGGAGGAGGAUGAGGAGCCUAUCGUAGAGGAUGUGAUGAUGUCAUCAGAGGGUCGUAUGGAAGAUCUCAACGAGGGCAUGGACUUUGACACCAUGGACAUCGACCUGGUGAGACCUUUGACCUUUUACUACACACAUGGCUUUUGGUUUUUAAAACCUUUUACAGCGAAUUAUGUGGUGAUCCAGAAAUAUCUCUCUCAAGAAACACUAAAUAUACUGAACAAAAAUAUAAACGCAACAUGUAAAGUGUUGGUCCCAUGUUUCAUGAGCUGAAAUAAAAGAUCCCAGAAAUUUUCCAUACGCACAGAAAGCUUUUCUCUCAAAUGUUGUGCACAAAUGUGUUUACAUCCUGGUUAGUGAGCAUUUCUCCUUUGCCAAGAUAAUCAAUCCACUUGACCAGAUGUGGCAUAUCAAGAAGCUGAUUAAACAGCAUGAUCAUUACACAGGUGCACCUUGUGCUGGGGACUAUAAAAGGCAGCUCUAAAAUAUGCAGUUUUGUCACCCAACACAAUGCCACAGAUGUCUCAAGUUUUGAGGGAGCGUGCAAUUGGCAUGCUGACUGCAGGAAUGUCCACCAGAGCUGUUUACAGAUAAUUUAAUGUUAAUUUCUCUACCAUAAGCCGCCUCCAACGUCAUUUUAAGCCGGGUGUAUGCUACACGACUUUCAAAAUCCUAACAUCGCUUAACCUCUCACAUUAAACAACCAUCUUUCCUGUAGUUUUUUUUGUCUUGCCAACUUCGUGGCGCACACAUUAAACGAUGUGGCACAGACGGGUCACACAUUACAAGAUUCUUCAUUUGGUCUUGAGGAUUGUCGAUACCAUACUGUCUUGCGAAAACAAUGUGAUGUGAUUAGAUUGAAUGUAGCUACAACGAGCUGUGGCUCAAAGCAGCCUCAAACGUUUUCAGACAUUCACGCUUGCCAUACAGCACAUAUGUCAGAGUCAAGGCCCGCGGGCCACAUCCGGCCCGCGAGAAGGUUUUUUACGGCCCCUGGGAUGAUCUUGAUUUAUUAUUAGAACCGGCCCGCAGACCGCAGCAAGCCGGCAGCCCGCAGAUCUUUUACACGCACCAAUACUACAUUUCCCACAAUGCAACGGUGACGCACCGAGCAGUAGGCUGCUUCAUUUCAAUAUUUAUUGGCACAGCAGUCGUCAGCAUCACAGUAAAAUUAACUUUCAGAUACCCAUCAAAAAUGGCAAAACGGAAGGUGGACACUGAGAACCGGGGGUUUCAAACAAGGUGGGAGUCGGAGUAUAUGUUCACGGAGGUAGCUGGAAAACCUGUGUGUCUUCUGUGUGGAGAAAGUGUGGCGGUACUGAAAGAGUAUAAUCUGAGACGACAUUAUGAAACGAAACACGCGGACAAAAACAAGAAUAUGGACAUGGAACAAAUGCCCCAGCUGCGCAUCCAGGCUGCUCAAACGUUGUCUAUGUUUGGCAGCACAUACCUGUGUGAACAACUGUUUUCUUUGAUGAACCUGAACAAAACAUCACACAGAAGUCGACUUACUGCUGAACACCUCCACUCAAUUCUGAGGAUUUCCUCAGCUCAGAGCCUUACCCCGAACAUUGAUGAACUUGUGGAAAAGAUGGGACACCACCAAGUAUCACCCUCAACCUCAAACAAGUGAACAUUACUGUGCAAUCACAUAUUUAGAGUUUUUACUCAGUUCAAGUUUAAAAGUUAAAGUUUAAUAUUUGUUUUCACUGCAUGUUACUUCUCCUUAAACAAAGUGUUGUUUUUGAUUAAUAGAUUUUUGCACUUUAUUUUAUUGUAUUUCAAUCCAAUUAUAUUUUAAAAAUAUUUCAGUUGAGUGGAUGAUAGAAAAUUGCUAUUAUUGUUUUUUUCUUUGAAGUAAAUUUAGCCCACUUUUGCUAAAAUAGAAAAUAUAGGCUACUGAUGGUGCCUUGAAUACCGGUUUCUUUCAUUUAAUGUUCAUGUUAUGGGGAUUUUUAUAUAAAGGAAAUUUGUCUUUUGUGUCUGUUGAAAAUUAAAGAUUACUGACAGAGCCAUAAGAAAAUAUUGCUUUAUUUAUCUGAUCAUAUUGGAAUAUAUUUGUUAGGUUUUCAGUAGGUUCAAUUAGGUUCACUAGACUAUAUGCGUCAUUUAAAAUUUUUUCAAUGAACAUUCGAACAGUCCGGCCCUCGGCUUGUAGCUAAAUUUUUUAUUUGGCCCUCCGUCCAUUUGACUUUGACACCCCUGCCAUACAGAGUUGAAAUACUGUAUCUAGCCAACAUUUUGAAUUUAAUAACGUUGCUUGUGAACUUCAGAGCUGUAACAAUUUGACGCUUUGGUUUUAAAGGCAAGUACAAAUGCAUACUAGUAGUAGUCAUGGCUCCUGUGCGAGAGUCUACGCAUCCUGGGUGAUGCGACACAACGUAAUCUCACUGGCUUCUUCUCUGGCGAGCUCUCAUUUGGCUAUUUCUGAUCACCCUUCUCAAAACUUGUCGUUGCACAUCUCACACUACAAGAGCAUUGCCGAUUUUGUGUCAAUAUCGGGACGUCUGGGACGGCUCAAAGACUAGAUCGGUAGCCCUCAGAUUGCGUCUCUGACCUGCUCACAUUAAACGAGCAUCGGUGAUGGCCGCGUGCCCCGAGUAGGCAACGACAUGCGGAUUCUGUCUCCGAUCUCAAACGUGUCUAGGAUAGCUACAUCGGGGUCAAAAUGGUGGUGUACACCCGGCUUUAGAGAAUUUGGAAGUCGUAACCGACUUCAGUGGGCAAAUGCUCACCUUCUUUGGCCACUGGCAUGCUGGAGAAGUGUGCUCUUCACGGAUGAAUCCCGGUUUCAAAUGUACCGGGCAGACGUGCUGAUGUGAACAUUGUGAACAGAGUGCCCCAUGGUGGCGGUGAGGUUAUGGUAUGGGCGUAAGCUACGGACAACGAACACAAUUGUAUUUUAUCAAUGGCAAUUUGAAAUGCACAGAGAUACCGUGAUUAGAUCCUGAGGCCCAUUGUCGUGCCAUUCAUCUGCCACCAUCACCUCAUGUUUCAGCAUGAUAAUGCACAGCCCCAUGUCGCAAGGAUCUGUACACAAUUCCUGGAAGCUGAAAAUGUCCCAUGCUCGCCAGACAUGUCACCCAUUGAGCAUGUUUGGGUUCCUCUGGAUCGACAUGUACGACUGCGUGUUCUAGUUCCCGCCAAUAUCCAGCAACUUUGCACAGCCAUUGAAAAGGAGUGGGACAACAUUCCACAGUCCAUAAUCAACAGCCUGAUCAACUCUUAUGCGAAGAUGUCUCGCUGCAUGAGGCAAAUGGUGGUCACACCAGAUUUGUUAUGGUAUCUGUGACCAACAGAUGCAUAUCUGUAUUCCCAGUUAUGUGAAAUCCAUAGAUUAGGGUCUAAUUUAUUUAUUUCAAUUGACAGAUUUUCUUAUAUGAACUGUAACUCAGUAAAAUCUUUGAAAUUGUUGCAUGUUGAGUUUUAUAUUUUUGUUCAGUGUAUAAUUAUCACAAUCAGCUCAUAUAGGUAGAAUUAAAAUAUUUUCAUAUUUGUUUCUCUCUCCUUUCUCCAGCCCCCCUCUAAGAACAGGAGAGAGAGAUCAGAGCUGAAACCAGACUACUUUGACCCUGGUUCCAUCAUGGACGAGUCU